CUCUGAGUAACCAUUCGCGUAGUUUGGUUGCGUCUUGGUGUGUUUAAUGUUGCCAAUACGAAGGAUUUUUUUUGGACGGGGGAGGCGAGUACAGGUCGUGCUGCAAUUAGUUCAUUGAAAACUCAGUCGCUCUCCGAGCGGACAGAGACUGCUUUCGGCUUUUUUCCUGCUGACUGCUAAGAUCCCCUAUAGAGCUGCAACAAUGCCCAAGAGAAAGGCCGCAGGUCAAGGUGAUAUGAGGCAGGAGCCAAAGAGAAGAUCAGCCAGACUGUCCGCUAUGCCUGUGUCCAUUAUGCAGGAGUUGAAGCCCAAAAGAACAUCAACUCCAAGGAGAAUGAAAACAGAAACUGAUAUGAUGGAUAAAACCACAGAUAUAAGUACCAAAACAACAGCUGAAACCAAGCAAGACAUUGUCAAAGAAGAAUACAAUGAAAAUGCUGAAAAUGGAGAAGCCACAAUCAUAGAGGCACCAGCUCCUGAAAAGGAACUUGAGGAAAUAAAAGAAGAAAAACUUGAAGAUGUUGAAGAAGAGGAAGGAAAAAAGAAAAAAACAGUGGCUGCAGAAGAAAAAAAUGAAAAAGAUCAGAAAGGAGAUGGGGAAGAUCAAAUCAAGGAAGAAGAGAAAGGAGAAGAUGAAAAAGAGGACAAAGAUGAAACAGAUGAUAAAGAUGGAAAAAAGAAAGAAGGCAGGAAAGAGGAAGAAGACUCAAAAGAGAAAGGAGAUGAAAAAGAGGGUGAAGAUGGAAAGGGGGAAGGAGAAAAUGGAUAUAUUGUGAAGUAG